UAAGUAGUACCUAACAAUUAUUAUCUUUCUAUUCAAACUGUCUACGUAAAUGCACAGCAUAAUCAGCACGUAAAGAAGUUUUUAAAUUUUAAUCAAUAACAUGACAAUCGGAUUUAGAACGAUUUCGAAACUUGUUGUGCCCGCAGUCAGUAAUCUAUUCUGUUUAACAAGAGUUCAACUUAGUACUGUCACCAUGGCAAGUAAUCCGGACUACAAAGCUGCUGAAAGUAUUCAUGAGUUUACAGUGAAAAACAUCAAAGGAGAAGAUGUGAAACUUGAUGUGUACAAAGGGCAUGUUUGUAUAAUUGUAAAUGUUGCUUCUCAGUGUGGUCUCACAGCAAACAAUUACAAGCAGCUCAAUGAAUUGUAUGACCAAUAUGCUGAAAGCAAAGGUUUACGCAUCUUGGCAUUCCCGUGCAAUCAAUUUGCUGGUCAGGAACCAGGUAAUCCUGAAGAUAUAGUGUGUUUUGCAAGCGAGAGAAAAGUCAAAUUUGAUUUGUUCGAAAAGAUUGAUGUCAAUGGAGACUCGGCAAACCCGUUGUGGAAAUUUUUGAAGCACAAGCAAGGAGGUACUUUGGGCAGUUUUAUUAAGUGGAAUUUCACAAAGUUCAUCAUUGAUAAAAAUGGAGUUCCGGUUGAAAGGCACGGUCCAAACACUGAUCCCUUGGAUCUUGUCAAGUCCCUUGAAAAAUAUUGGUGAAUAAAAUUUCCUAAUAAAAAUAUUAAAAUCAUAUUUAUUUAUUUAUAAAAUAAAGAAAUGUAACAUCAAAAAUUCAUAUGUACAAUCAAAGUUUAUCCACUAUAUCAUAUGUAAGAUUUUUGUUAAUUUAUGCAAUAAAUAUAUUUUUAACAACUUAA